AUGCGCUGGCGCACCUCUUCCGCAUUCCUCGCCCUCUCGCUCUCGGCGGUGGCACCUGCAGUACAAGCCGCCUACUCGCUGCAGACGGCGUACCAGGGUGACAGUUUCUUCGAUGGAUGGGACUUCUGGGGCAACCGGGAUAACUUGACGAACGGCGCGGUCAACUAUGUCAGCAGGUCAACGUCAAGCCAAGUGGCAUAUACGAACUCGGCGGGAAACGUGGUCAUCAAGGUCGACAACUCGACAAAACUAGCGUCCGGUGUCAACGCUCUGCGAGAUUCCGUCCGCAUCACGACGAACGCUGCUUUCGACGUCGGCUCGCUCUUCGUCAUGGAUGCGCUGCAUGUUCCGUAUGGCUGCUCAGUAUGGCCGGCGUUCUGGGCGCAUGCGAGAUCAUGGCCUAGUGGCGGCGAGCUCGACAUCUUCGAAGGCGUCAACCUGCAGCAGACGAAUCAGGUCGCGAUGCACACGGUCGCAGGGUGCUACGCCGCAAACUCGACUGUCAACGUGACGGCGACGGGUGACAUGACGUUCAACAAUUGCGACUACACCGUUGCGGCGAACCACGGCUGCACAUUCCAGGAUGCGAGGAACGCGAGUUAUGGAGCGGACUUUGCGGCUGCUGGCGGAGGCAUCUACGCUGCAGAGUUCUCGAGCGACGCCAUCUCGGUUUGGUUCUUCCCGCGCGCCGAGAUCCCCGCCGACCUCCGCUCCGUUAACGGCCCUCCCGAUCCCUCGAGCUGGGGCAUUCCGAUGGCGUACUACCCGUCGUCGGCUUGCAACAUCAACCAAUACUUUGCGCCCCAGCAAAUCACGAUCAACAUCGCCCUCUGCGGAGACUGGGCCGGCCAACCGGGCGUCUUCUCCCCAACCUGCGGCACAGGCAACUGCGCCGACUACAUCCUCGACCCCUCACACUUCGACACCGCCUACUUCGAGAUCGCCUCUGUACGGAUCUACGCAGGGGGCGUCAACACUCGCUCGAGUGGAGGGGCGCAGGCUGCGUCGGGCGUUAUUGGCGCGAUUGGAGGGUCGGCGAGCGCGACUUCGAGUGCGGUGGGAGGGCGGUGGAGGGCGAGCGGCGCAGCUUUGGGCGCGGUGGGCAUUGCAGCAGCCGUGUCGGUGCUCGCGGGUGUCGGACUUUUCGUGGGACUAUAG